CUGCUUUGCUUUUAUUUUCCCUCUUUUCAUUUUCGAGAAGAGAAGAAGCCUCGGAAUCUCCAUUGCAUUUGCAUUUCUAGGGUUUUUUUCCCUUUCCGAGCAUUUCUCCGAAAUGUCUAGGAACAGAUCCAUCUCCGAAAAAUCGCUGCUUUUCGAGAUUUCUCCAGAAAUUUCUGUGAAUUGAAUACGGCGAUAAUAGGUCGAAAGCAGAGUAAUGUCGGAAUCUACCGUUUAUCCACAGCGAGUUCUGUUUGGCGAGGAGAAUGUAGAUGAAGACCUUGCGGUGCUCCCGCGUCGUACGAAAGUCGUGGUGACUGGCAAUAAUCGGACUCGGUCGGUUUUGGUCGGGCUCCAUGGAGUGGUGAAGAAGGCCGUUGGGCUCGGCGGGUGGCAUUGGCUGGUGUUAACGAAUGGCGAUGAGGUGAAAGUUCAGAGGAAUGCACUUAGUGUGAUUGAAGUGCCGACGGGAGAUGAAGAUGGUGAUGAGUGGGAGGAUUUCUCCUACAGUGGGUCGGAUUUAGGGUCAAGGAGUACUCCUCGAAGAACACUGACUGCGGAUUUGAGGAAAUUGGAGACAGCCUCACUGUGGAAAUACUGGAGGCAUUUCAAACUUGAUGAAGUGAACUACCGGAACUACCAUCCAUCAAAGGAGCAGUUGCUUGAAGCUGUGGAAAGGCAUUUUGUGUCCCAGUUUUUAUUUGCAGAUUAAGUAAUCCAAAAGUAGGCAGAUAUCAGAUCAUCGUUGAAAUGCCAGACUGCGGAGAAGAAAUAGGUCUGGCAAGAAAGACAGAGCGCAACAACAGGUCUGGUUAGAAAAGGCCCGGCACAUUAACAGGUCUGGUUAGAAGGCCCAUCUCGGUGGAACAGAGGACUGGUUUGGUCAGAAAGUCAGAAUAAGAAAGGAAAAAGGUAGGUAAAAAAUAGGUGGUGGUGUGUGAUUGGUUCAUAAAUAGCAUUAAGUUAGAACAAUCUUUGCACCAGCAACUACACAAAUGAUUGAUGAUCAAUGAUGGAAUAGUUACUUUGUAUUUAGUAGGAAUAGGGACGUAAUUCACAUGUAUAUACUCUCUUGGGCUGCUCUAAUGGUAGUUUUUUACAUUUUUCCUUUCACUCGUAGUAUGGACUCCUAAUCCGAAAGCAAGUUCUGCUGAAUGUUUUACGGGGUCUUGUAGAAAUGUUGAGUGGAAGCUGCUCUAGGGCAUGCGAUAUGGUCAAAAUGAGAUAUUUGCCUUGUUAUUUGUCCCAAGUAGUUGCCUCAAUAUUUUAGCAUGUACAUUUUGGGGUUGAGGCAUGCUUGGUGUUGAUGGGA